CGGCCUAUUCCAACGGCGCUGGUAGUCAGUUGGCGAAUGCUCGCCAAAGUGGUCGGUUGUGUUUGCGCUUCGUGAAAUAAAAUCCGCUUGGCAUCUAACGGUGUUGGAAUCCAUACAUAUACAGAUGCCAUGUAUGUGUGCGUAGUAAUCGUGUCAUAACGGUAGAUGGUGUUGGUGAUAGUUAGCAAGGCGAAAUUCGCACGCUCCCCCAUUGUGCAACAGCUGUCUGGGUCAUUGGCCGGCGGCGGCGACACGACCAACUUGUGACCAACUAACCCGACCAACUUUAAGAAUAUCGAUUUUUGUGAAAAGUGAAGUGAAAUUUUGGCGCCAGCCAAAGUGCAUGCGUUCCGUUUUAUGCAAAUUGUUUGAUCAAGUGGUGAGACAGCGGCGUGUGGCACUACUGUAUGUGGAAUUAUCGCUCAGUAGCGGCGCGUAGCGGGAGACCGUCUUCCGUGCAAUUGUGAUUGACGUAGUGUGACGCGCGUAGUGACUUCUCGCCCACGCUUUGGCGCUCGCGAUAACGCUAUAAAUAUGCUUGUGCUAUUUAAUAAAAAAAUAUGAAAUUUAAUCAUGAAAAUAUAUAUAUGUAUAUAUACUAACCACUGAAUAUGCAUGUGAGCUCAGCUAAUACGGCAUACGCUUGCCACUUAUCGCUUGCUAGCUAGUUAACGAUACAAAAAGGCGACAAAUUACACGAGUACGCUAAUACAACAGCUGGUGCAACAGCUCAGCGCGCUCAGUAUGUGCUUGUACAUGAGUGUGCCGCAUUGGAUUAGCCUGGAACGUUUCGCCGGUGCAGUCUACGAUGGCGCCUCGCGUCUAAUUGAAGUGUCGGUGGUGUUAUUUCUACUCAAUUGUCAUAGUGACAAGUCCGCCUCGGCUGCUACACGUGGCAAGAGUGCUGAUGCACUGACAGCCGCUGCCACUGGCACUGCCUCUCGUGCUGCUUCAAGUGCCUCCGCUGAGGCUGCCGUUGCCGUCGUUGGCAGCGAUUCGACGUCGCUUGUGUUGUGCGCGGAUAAUAUUGCCGACAAGUUGAUGGCAACAAAAGUGUCAGCACCCACAAUUAGCCACACAGUUGUGCUGGAGCAACCGCGUGUGUAGUGUUGAAGAAGCUGUGUGUGCGCUGUGAUUGUGAAAGUCUCGCGGUGAUACUCGUAAAUAUUUAAUGUGAAGUAAAAUUGGAAGACAACAGCAACAACAAAAGAAAGUUCUGAAUUCUUCACACAAUUAAUAGAUAGUGAAAGUGAAGUGUGUAAAGAGUUAUUAAAGAAUAUUGUUGUAGUGAUUAUGAAAAGCAUAUUCAUAAAACUUGUGAAAUAUCAGAAAUACAACUAAUGUCAGAAAAAAAAAUAUUAAUUAAAAUUAGUGAAUAUGUAUAGCAGUGCUUGAAUUGGUUAAAUAUAAAUAAUAUUUUUUUAUAAAGCAAGCAAAAAUAAAUAAAUAUAUUAUUAAUAAAUAAAUCAAAAAUAAUAGUGUAACCUGUGUGAUAAAAUUUUCUAAGCUGUUUAUAAGAUUAAUCAGCAGCUGUGAGAUCUUUUAUAGUUGCAAAAAAUAUUUCACCGAUCGCUUCGAGAAGCAAAAAAGAGACUGAAAUAGUGCCCAAAGCAAACUGCGGCAAAAUCAAUCCAAAAACAACAACAAUACAUAGGAGUACAAUAAAAAACGAACGAAUAGUAUCGAAACUGGAAAAGCGAAUUUAGUACGCGAAAAUGUUUCUGGCAAUAAAUCAAAUGAAUGGGCAGGCGGCCAAAAGGCGCAAAAAGGAGAACAAAAGGAGGGUGGCGGCAGCAGAGGUUGCACGCGGUGGCAGUGCAACAAUGCCGGCAGGUGAAAUACCAGCGGAAGCAGAGAGGACAACACCAACAACAGUAACAACACAACAGCCACCACCUUCAUCAAUUGACGCAACUGCAUCGGCGGCUAGCUCGACGGCCAGUUCGACGGCCAAUCUCAUUGACGAUAUUCUGCUGGAUAUUGUAGCCGAGAGCACGACAAUAACAGCCGCUGCAAAAACUACCAAAUCGACAACAAAGCCGUCAGCGGAGGAAUUGCAAUCGACGGCAAAAUGUAAAAAAUGCCAACAUGCGCUUUCAAAUAGUGAGCGCCGCCAGCAAAGCGAUCAGUCGCGUGACGAACAGCAGCACCUGCAUUCGAAGACCUCCGCGCUUUUCCAGUCCCCCUCCAAUUGCCGCUGUGAAUGCGAUUGUGUGAAUAAAAGUUUAUACAGUUCAGCAACGGCGUCCUCAACCUCAAUCACACCCACGUUUAACCCGCCAAAGCCUUCAUCGUCAACGCCACCUGCGACGCUGCCCACUUCAUUGUAUGCGGUGUAUAUGUGCCUUGGUACGCUCAUGCUGGCCGUGGCCACCCUAUCGGUGCUCUUCUACUCGCAUGUGCACUCCAUCGGCAACGGUGAUAGUGAAAGAAUUAAUGGCAAAAUGCCAACGGCGACGAUGCCGACAGACGCGCAUUUGAAUUUGGCGGCAUUCCGGGAGCAAUUUCAACGUGAGUUGCUCGCAUCAGAGCAUGUGUUGCGCGGCAUAGUGUCACAAGUUCUGGACCAACGGGAGGGUAAACAAAAUGAGCAGGCUCCAAGAGAAUACAAUGUCGUGUUUGGUGGAGCUGAGCCGAUCCAUAGCCAACAGCAACGCGCGACUCGUGCGACGGCAGAAAAGGCCGCAACCAUGCUGGCUGCCGACGGAACGCUGGUGAGAAAUGAGCGUAAAUAUGUAGGACAUGUCAGACACGUUGCAGACACCCCUGCGCCCGCGAAUCAUGCAGAAAGCGCUGCGGAGCAGAGUAGCGCCAGUCCUGUGGUAAGGAGAUUACGUCGCGACAUUACUUCGUCGCCAGCUUCUAUGCAAUCCGAUCCCUUUAUCGAAUUUUUCAAUCCGGAUCACCGCAAAGUGCUGGAAGAGCAGGAUAAGGAAAUACGCAAACGUACUGGAUUGAAAGGAGCCGCGCCCGGCGGUGACGAAUGGAUUUACUUAAACACCUACUGUCGAGUGCCGGAGAAAAUCAUAACUGGUUUCUGCAAAGGCACCCAAGACUAUUGUCCGCCUGCGCCUCAAGGUCCACCGGGUCCAGUAGGUCCCAAAGGUACGACGGGACCACCUGGACUGCCCGGAAUUCCCGGACCAAAGGGGAAUCGCGGUGAUGUUGGACUACCAGGACCGAGGGGAGUCGAUGGUGCGAAUGGUCCGAUUGGACCACGUGGCCCCAAAGGUGAUAUUGGUAUACCCGGUCGUGCUGGUCUCGACGGACGUGAUGGUGUACCUGGUGAACCGGGUUUGGAUGGUGUACCGGGACGAGCUGGUGCCGACGGGAUACCCGGCAAAGAUGGUCUGCCCGGCUUGGAUGGUCGAGACGGUCUGAAUGGCAAGGAUGGCAAAGAUGGUGCUGCCGGUCCGAAGGGCGCUCAGGGCCCACCAGGAGAGCGAGGACUGAAAGGUAUUGCUGGACCCCGUGGUCGGCCGGGAAAAUCUGGAAAAGAUGGUACGCCAGGAAUUCCGGGAAUCAAUGCAUGGAAGGUGCAGUUAUUAAAUGGCAGUUUCUCCAAUGAUUUACUCAUUCCACCAUCAAUUGCUGACUUGAAUACGCCGCACAUCGAACGUUUCGUUAUCGUUGAGGAAGGAAAGACACUGAAUUUGAGCUGUGCCGCCAGUGGCAAUCCGAUGCCGCACGUUGAAUGGCGACGCGAUGACGGGCGCACAAUUAAUAUUAACGGCGUCGAAAUGUCGUCGGUUAGUGGGCCUUAUUUGAAAUUUACGAAUAUCACGCGACAUCAAAUGGCUGCCUACACGUGCUAUGCGGAUAACGGUCUGGUGCCAGUGGCGAAUGCCACCUUCCUCAUUCAGGUUCACUUUUCGCCAAUGAUUGCCGUGUACCGACAGAUGAUUUAUGCUGAGUACGGACAGAGUGCAACGCUUGAAUGUAUGGUGGAAGCUUUUCCUGAGGCGAUUAAGUAUUGGGAACGUGCUUACGAUGGGAAAACGCUAGAUCCAGGCGAUAAAUACCGAAUAGAGACAUAUACUGACAGCUUCAAGACAACUAUGCGUUUGACCAUCACGAAUUUGCGCAAAGACGACUUUGGCUACUAUUACUGUGUGGCACGCAAUGAAAUGAAUGCAACCAUGGUCAACUUCGAAAUCGCGCCGCAAGAUCCCAACAGCGAGAUACCGUAUGUAGGAAAGGAAAUUAAAUUCUAUGGUCAGCGGCCACCGGAAAGUGAAUGUCCCAUGUGUGAGCAAUGUCCAGAUCCAAGCCUGUACCAGUGUAAGGACUCGAUUAAUUCGAACUUCGAAAUUCUACCCACCGGAAAUUAUAGCUAUCCAGGACUGCCCAAGAGACAAAAGAGCUGGUUAUUGUACGCAGUUGGUAAACCGGUGUUCCAUAAGUCAGUCAACGAGAUUUACGGUUGCUGGUUACGAGAUCCAGUUAGUUCUGCGGAUAUUGACCAUGAGAAGACCUACGUCACUGAAGAGAACGAUACGCAUAAUUUGUACGAAUAUCCAACGAAGUUGAAAUAUCGCAUGAAUUGGUCGCCACGUCGCAAGUAUAAUAUUCCAGAGGGUUUUCAAGGUAAUGCUCAUGUCGUCUAUAAUGGGUCAUUCUACUACAAUCAAUUCAAUACCGAUCUGGUCGUUAAAUUGGACCUGGCAACUAUGAAGAAAAUAAUUACUCCUUUACCAUAUGCCGGCACCGCUGUUGGCAAUAGACUAUAUUCCACCGACCACAAUUACAUGGACUUCAACGUGGAUGAGGUUGGCCUGUGGGUGAUCUACAGCACUUAUGACUCCAACAAUACGCUGGUGGCCAAGCUCGACGCGGACACCCUGAAAAUGCAGUACAACUUCAACAUCACACUGGAUCAUCGGAAAUUCGGCGAAAUGUUCAUCGUCUGUGGUCAUUUGUAUGCGAUUGACUCGUGCACGGAGACAAACUCGCAUAUACGCUACGUCAUCGAUUUGUAUAAUGGAAAAUUGCUAAAUGUCGACCUGCCAUUCUCGAAUCCGUUCCGCAAGACAACCACUGUGGGAUAUAAUCCACUCACUGUGGAAUUGUACUCGUGGGACAAAGGAAAUGCACUCACAUAUCCCAUACGUUAUCGCGAGCCUAGCCUCAACAGUGACCGGACAUAAAUAAGCGCCACCAAAUGAGGCAAGCAACGUACGUCUAAUGCAACGCGUCCCCGCUCCACAUUGUGCAGAUGUGAAAAUACUAACGAACGGAACAAUACAUAACAUA